UAAUAUAGUAGUACGUGCCGAGACAAGUUUGAUCAUAAGGCUCUCUUCCAUCUUUAACUUUUACACAGUUUUAUACGCUGUUGCAUCAUGGACUUGGAAUCCCUUAAUUAUGCAUUUGGAUGAUGAGUUCUCAUUGCCUUGUAAUGCUUACUCUGAUCUUUCCUCUAACCUCUAUCAGUGCGCAAGCCUCUACAUGCAAUGAUGGAGUUUCUGCUGUCAAAAUUCUUGGAAGAAAUCAUGAGAGGGAAAUUGGCUCCAGUGUGGAAAGCACCAAGUCUCAGAUGAAUGAUUCAUUUCCUCAUGGGACUGAGAAUGGAGCGGGAACAACUAAUCUUGGAUCGUGGAAGGGGAAAAGUGGCUCGCAUCAUAGGCAUCACUUCAGGAAUGCUCAUGGGAUUCUGAAUAUAAUAGGCUGGGGAGCUUUAUUGCCCACUGGAGUGAUUGUUGCAAGAUACUUCAAGAAAGUUCCUCUGAAAUGCGAGGAAUGGUACAAUCUGCACACGCUCUGUCAAACAUCAGGAUACAUCGUUGGAGCUGUCGGAUGGGGUGUUGGUUUGUGGCUUGGAAAUUCUUCCAAGCAGCACACGCUAAAAACACACAGGAUUCUUGGUAUCAUUAUAUUCACAUCUGCAACUGUACAGAUGCUUGCCCUUUGCUUGCAGCCAAAGAAAGAUGACGAUUACCGCAGGUACUGGGAAAUAUACCAUCAAAUUCUUGGGUAUGCACUGAUUGCUAUAAUAAUCGCCAACAUAUUUCAAGGAGUUCAUAAUCAAGCUCAUCCUGAGAAGUGGAAGUGGAUAUAUGUGGGGAUACUUGUAAUUUUAGGUGGUGUUUCCCUAGCAUUGGAAAUUUUCAGAUGGGUGAAGCCAAGAAUUAAGCACCAGCAGAUGCCAUUUGAAAUCAACAACACCUACACUUGCACAUGAAUUUCCAUUAAUAUGUUCUUCGGAAGUUUUAUUUGGACCAAUUUCCACAGACAGGAACAAUCCAUCCAGCAAAAUAAAAAUAGCACUGCACUUCUAUAUUUGUUGAGAUGGACUAGUUCUGAACUAUAUAUUCUUUUUGCAAAUUGAUAUUUCAUUUCAUGAAAA